AUGUACAGGAGCAGCUUCCUCCGCGAGGUGCGCAAAGAGAAGUACGAGCGAUCGGACGCCUACGAUGAGCUGCGAGGCUCCCCUGAAUUUGAUAGUUUGGCCCAAGCCCGGGGCCUGGAGAACCUGCAGGAACUCAACGAGCGCUUCGCCAGCUACAUCAACCGGGCGCGUGUGCUGGAGCAGCGCAACACCAUCCUGCGUAAGCAGCUGGAGACCUUCCAGCGCAUGGAUGAGCUGGUGGGCCUGGAUGAAGCAUUUGCCGGGCAGAUCGAGUUCAACCGGCAGCGGAUGCGGGAGCUGGCCUCAGACAGAGCCAAGCUGGAGCGGGAGGAGAAGGAUGCCCAGCGCAUGCUCGAUGAGUAUCGCAACAAGUAUAGAAAUGAACGUGAAUAUCAGCAGAGGCUAAAAGAAACCCUUGAGCGCCUUAAUAAGGAAGCUGAUGAAGCACUGCUGUGCAACCUGGAGCUGCAGAUAGAGUCCCAGUUCCUGCAGGAUGAUAUUAAUGCCACAAAGGACAGAUAUAAGAAGAAUCUCAUGGAAAUCCAGACCUAUGUCAAUGUUUUGCAGCAGAUCAUCCAGACAACCCCUCGUGUGUCCCCCAUAACCACUGGCAUAUGUGAGGAAAAAGUGGUAGCAGAGAGGAGGAUCCCUGUUCUGCAGAGCCAGCUGGAGGAAUACAAGAGCAUCCUCUGCCAGCUACAGGCGCAGAAAUACAAGCUGCAGACAGAGACAACCAUGCUGGAGCAAGCAAUUAAAAACACCCAGGAGAGUUAUGAUGAUGAAAUUCAGCUUUACAAUGAGCAGAUUGAAAACCUUAGGAAGGGAAUAGAGGAGGCUGAGAGGAUCUUGGAGAAGUACACGACCGACUGCCGCCAGCUGGUGAUCUACCAGCAGUCCCUGGAGAACGAGCUGGAGCGGUACAAGCGGAUCAUCGAGAACGAGGACAGCCGGUUAAAUUCUGCUAUAGCAGGAACCCCAGUCACACUCUUCACACAGAUCUACAGACCUGCCCAGCCCCAAGUUUCGAGGGGAAGAGAUAUCACCCAAGCCAUGCAAGACAUUGCCAGUGUAAAGCCCAGACAAAAAGCACUGACAAAGAAAAUUGCCAGGAAAAAGGAGCUGAUGUCAAAAGACAAAACUGACAGUCACUCACCUGAAAGAAUGUAUGAAAGAACUCUGGAAGGUUUUGACCAAGAUCAGAUGGAGUACAGACACGAAGGCUCAGUCAGGUGUGAACCUGGGCAGGAAGGUUCAGAAUUUGAUGAAAAAGAAAUGGGCCCAGAGGAUGUACCUGACGGAGCCCAGAUAAGUAAAGCCUUCGAUAAAUUGUGUAACAUUGUGAGGGAGAAAAUAAGAGUCCACAAGAAACCAGAGGCUAAGCCUGAAGCCCCUCCCAAAGGGCGUUAUGUGCUGGUGACAGGGGAGGAAGGCUAUGAAGAACCAUGCAUCUUGGCCCCCUCUAUCCCUGCUCCAGGAGGGAUCACAGUUUCCACUGGCAACGGGAAGGUGAUGAAUGAUGGGGAGGUGGAGCCCAUACUGGAGCUGCCAGAACCUGCCUUAGAAAAAGAGAAAGCAGAUAUCUGUGAAAGGAGAGAAGAAUUUGAAAUCCCAGAUAAACAGAGAGAGGAAGAGAGAGAAGAGGUGCUUGAAUGGGGCAAAAAAACAAGAGGAAAAAUCGAGCAAAUCACAAAGUAUCCGGACAUCUCUGAGCCUGAGACAGUUCCUUCCCCUGGUCUGAUAAGCCCAACUGAGCCGGGACUCCUUCGAGAGACAGAUUAUGAACGAGAAGACAAGCAGGGCCUUUUGUUCAGGGAAGCAGCCUUGCCUGGCUCUAUGAGCUACGAGAAGGUGGAGGUGGUGGAGUCCAUCGAGAAGUUUUCAGAUGACAGAAUUCAGACAUAUGAAGAGACAGCGAUGAUUGUUGAGACAAUGAUAGAGAAGACAAGCAAGAAGAAACCAGGAGACAAAGGCUCUUAAGUGACACACACCCCCUUGAUAGUCAACUUGUCUGGCAUAGUUAUUAUAUGACUGUUUGUUUUUUUUUCCUGAUCGAAUGAUACAGUAGUGAGAUUUUUGCUGUUUGGUAUGGAACAGAUUGAAACCUUGAUGACAAUUCUGUCUGAUGUAGGCUCACCUUUGGUGCAAUGAUCAUUAGCACGCUCCAGGGUACAUCCUAUGCAACUGAUUUUCAUGAUUAGGACACACUGAAAGUAACUAU